AUGAAAAGAUGUUCUCCAGUUCUCAACACUGCCAGUGGAAAGGUUAUCGGUGAAACAACCCUUCCAAUUUGGAGUGAUCUUUUUAAGAGCUCGUUAAACCGGAAAGCCCCGUCAGCUCCUAAACUUGAGCACGUUCAUAGGCCAAUAUAUGCGGUUAACGAGGAACCACCGAUCGAGUCGGAAGUUAUGGUCUGCAUCCAAAAGAUGAAAAAUGGGAAAUCUGGUCGAGACGACGACCCGGUUAACACCAGUAGACCAGCACAAGCGGAAGAUCAGAACUCUCAAACUUUAGCCCAACUACGUUCUGACGAGGAACGCUCCCCAGUCGGAUAUCUGAAAAUUUAG